UGGGUGGGUGUAAAAAUGGGAGGUGUGUGUACCGGCGGGACGAUGAAGCGGGGCACGGUGGCGGAAUACGGUGGCAGUGAAAACGGUAGUAGUUUUGGGUUUUCAGGAAAGCUGAAAUCUAUUAAAAGUUUUGGUACCCAUCAUAAGAAUAAUGAUUAUAAUGAUGAUGAUUAUGGUAAUGAUGAUAAUUAUAAUAAUGAAAGUGAUACAAAUAAUGAUGAGGAUGUGUAUCAUAGGAGGAUCACAUCUUAUGAUUCUGGUGAAUUGUUUUUUUCCAUUUCCAGAGAGUUGAAGCCAUCUACUCCUGCUAGAGUCACCAAGGUGCCACAUGUGAGCACAUUUCUUGGAAAAGCGGGUAGUGUAGGUCUUGAAGUUCUUGACACGUUGGGUAGCAGCAUGACGAAUUUGAAUGCGAAUAGUGGAUUUGUAUCUAAUAUGGCUUCCAGAGGAAAUAAAGUAUCCAUUUUAGCGUUUGAAGUAGCUAAUACGAUUGUCAAAGGGUCUAGUUUGAUGCAAUCUCUUUCUGAAGAAAGCAUCCAGAUUCUUAAAGAGGAGAUUUUACAUUCGGAAGGCGUACAACUUUUAGUUUCUACGGAUACAAAGGAAUUGUUACGUAUUGCAGCUUCUGACAAGAGGGAGGAACUUCAGGUUUUCUCCAGAGAGGUUGUUCGGUUUGGAGAUAUGUGCAAAGAUCCACAAUGGCAUAAUCUGGAUCGCUUUUUUUCUAGAUUGGACCUGGAUCCGCUAACAAAUAGUCAGCUUAGAGAAGACGCGGAAAUCACUAUGCAAGAGUUGACGAAUCUUGCUCAGUAUACUUCUGAGUUAUACCAUGAGUAUCAUGCUUUAGAUAGAUUUGAACAAGAUUACCGGCGUAAGCUUGAGGAAGUGGAAGCCUUGCAUCUUCCUAAAAAAGGCGAGAGUCUCUCAAUCCUACAUAGUGAUGUAAAGCAUCAAAGAAAGCUUGUGAGGAACUUGAAAAAGAAAUCUCUUUGGUCUAGAAGUUUGGAAGAGAUUGUGGAGAAGCUAGUAGAUGUUGUCACGUUCAUUCAUCAUGCAAUAGCGGAGGCUUUUGAAGAGAAUGUACCAAGUUCAAUGACGAAUGGCAAGGAGGCUCAGAAGAAGCCCGAGACGCUAGGUGCUGCGGGUCUUGCUUUACACUAUGCCAACUUAGUCACUCAGAUGGACAACAUUGCAUCACGUCCCAUAUCUUUGCCUCCUAAUAUGAGGGACAAUCUAUAUAAUGGUUUGCCAGCAAAUGUUAAGAUUGCAUUACGUUCUCGCUUACAAGCCCUCGACCCCAAAGAAGUGAUGACCAUGCCUCAAAUUAAGGCGGAAAUGGAAAAAACACUCCAGUGGCUCGUUCCAGUAGCUACUGAUACUACCAAAGCACAUCAAGGUUUUGGAUGGGUUGGUGAGUGGGCAAACACAGGUAAUGAGUUUGGGAAGAAGACAGCAGGGAGUAACAAUAUUAUUCGACUCCAGACACUUUAUCAUGCUGAUAAACAAAAGAUGGACCGAUACAUUCUUGAUUUGAUUAUUUGGCUUCACCGUUUAAUAAGUUUAGUUAGAUUUAGAGACAAGGUUCCAAAGUACAUUCCUGCUCGAUCUCCUCCUACCAAUGACGGUCUACUCGGGCAUUCAGAUCCGUCUAGAUUGAGAGCCAAUGGUAAACCACAAAGGGUCCAAAUCUCUUUGGAAGACAGAAAUCUUUUGGAGAAGGUAAUGAAACGGAGAAUGUUGGUUCCUGGAAUAAGCAAAAGUCAAGAAUUUGUUGUGGUCAAGAAGAAGAGGUCGAGUGUCUUUGCCUCUAGUCGAAGCAUGGGAAGCUCUCCCAAGAGGGAACCAGGAUACACAAACACCGACAUAUUAGAUGUUUUGGAUGGUUUAGGUACAGAUUUUUAAGAUGUUGCUACAUAUUCUUAAUGCUAAGGUUCUUUUGUUGAUUCGAAGUAUGGAAAAGCUUCCCAGGAACGGGAUCUGAUAUGUUGGUUGGAUUGAGUGCGACAGUUUAAGCAGAUGGUCAUUAUAUAUGUAUAUAUAUAUCUCAUAUAUAUGUCUCUUGUAUGAGGCGUGUGUAGUAGUUUAUAAGAGAUCAUGUUUAGUAUGUCUAAGUAUUUAUUCUAUAGAUACAUAUUUUUGUCCACAAAGAAUAUAAGAUUCAUUUUGUCCUGA